AUGACUUCGAUUCAGUUGCCAACAUUCACUACAACACCUGUCGAACAGAUUCCUUCCAUUGUCUCUCGUCUUCGAAAGACCUUCCACUCCCAAAGGACUCGACCGGCCGAAUUUCGCCUCAAACAAUUGCGCAAGCUCUACUGGGCCAUUGUUGAUCAUGAAAAAGAGCUCGUGGAAGCAUGUCAACGGGACUUGGGCAAGGGCCUCUUCGAAGCCUCCACGGCCGAGAUCAACUGGGUGAAAAAUGAUAUCGUCUUCAUGACUCGAAAUCUAGAGAAAUGGAUGAAAGAUGAGAAGCCGGCCGACAUCGCGUGGAGCAAUAGGCUCGUGAACCCAAGGAUCAGAAAGGAUCCUCUGGGUGUUGUUCUCGUUAUUGGUGCUUUCAAUGUCCCAAUCAAUCUAUCCUUCAGCCCUAUGAUCGGAGCCAUCUCGGCAGGCAAUACGGUGGUGUUGAAACCGUCGGAACAGUCCUACCGCUGUGCAGCAGUGAUGCAAAAGAUCAUGGAGGCCGCUCUGGAUCCAGAUUGCUAUGCCUGCGUGCAGGGUGGCAUCCCAGAGACGUCGGCGCUGCUGGAACAGAAAUGGGACAAGAUCUUCUUCACCGGCUCAGUGCGAACGGCCAAAAUCAUUGCUCAAGCGGCUGCGAAGAAUCUCACCCCCGUCGACCUGGAACUCGGAGGUCGAAACCCAGCCAUCGUCACCAAGAAGGCAGAUAUGCGAUUGGUAGCGCGACGCUUACUGUGGGCAAAGACUAUGAAUGCCGGCCAAAUAUGCAUCAGUCAAAACUGCAUCCUGGUCGACCGAGAAGUGAUGCCAACUCUAAUUGAAGAACUAAGGAUCGCCAUGAAAGAAUUCUUCCCCGAUGGCCCCAAGAAGAGUGCGGACUUUGGUCGAAUUAUCAACAUUGGUGCAUUCAAUCGCAUCAAGAAGAUGUUGGAUAACACGUCGGGCCAGAUUGUCAUCGGAGGAACCAUGGAUGCCGAACAGCUCUUCAUCGAGCCCACGGUCAUUGAAGUUUCCGAUCCCAAAGACUCGCUGCUGGUGGAUGAGUCUUUCGGUCCUCUGAUCCCCGUCUUGCCGGUAGACAACCUGGAUCAAGCAAUCAGCAUCGCCAAUGAAAUUCACGAGACGCCCUUGGGAGUCUACGCAUUCGGGUCCAAGGCUGAGACGGAUAGAGUUCUCGCCGGAACUCGUUCCGGUGGUGCCAGUAUCAACGACGGUUUUUUCCACGGCAUCAUCCCGACUCUCCCGUUUGGAGGCGUGGGUGACUCUGGCACCGGAUCAUACCGAGGAAAAGCUUCAUUUGACACCUUUACACAUCAUCGAUCAAUUACGAAUACUCCAAACUGGAUGGAAAAGCUCAUGGCCGUGAGAUAUCCGCCAUAUGUCGGCACGGGCAAGCUCGAGCAGUUUAGCAAAAUGGGAAAUCUCGAACCGGACUUCGACAGAGAGGGCAAUCCAAAAAUGAGCCUUCUCUGGACUUUUCUUACGAUGGGCGCUGGGAGUGCGUCGAAAGGCGCGUUGAGAGCAGCGCUGGUGGCUGGUGUUUAUCUGGCGCUCAGAAUGCUGAUUGGAGCGAGGGGGCCGUUGAUGGCCGGCAAAUGA